AUGAUAACAGUGGUAACGGAGGAUGCAUUAGCCAGGCUACUACUGGCGACAACCAAGUGCAAUAUGCGCAAAGCGAACCAUGCGGCCAAUCAUUGUCUUCCCACGGUACAUCUAACGCAGGAACGUCAGAACGAUUCUACAGUUCUACAGCAGACACAACUGGCAUGCCAUAACCCACAUAGCACAAGCGAGAGCAAUUACCAUAUUCAAACAGAUAUUACUGAAAACGAUCAGUGUAAAGAUGCGCUGCCACGCGGCGAACUGUUGGUGUCUGAUGCUAUUCCCAGCGAGCAUUCAGCGGAAAAACUUUCAGGAACUGAAACGCUUAGAAUUCGCUGGUUUGCUCCAAUGACAUCUGGCAGUCAGAACAGUGUCGGUGAAGAUUAUUACGGUGUUCGAUAUAUGAGCGCUGAAAACGACUAA